AUGGGGAUUCCAUGGAGAGGAGCACAGGAGGCGGAGAUGCGGCUGCAAAGCUUCCUUCCAAAUCUGACGCAGUAUGGCAGUGGCAAGGCCAACGAUCCAACCCUGCAGACCAAUUCUUUCCUGUCACCGUACCUCCACUAUGGGCAGGUAUCUUCGCUUGAGGUGGCACUGCGCUGCCGAAGCCACGCCGCUGCUAGCGGGGUGGCUCCUGAGAAGGCGAAGGGCCUGUCGACUGGCAUAUCGGCCUUCCUGGAUGAGCUGAUCAUACGAAGAGAACUUGCAAAGAACUUCGUCUACUACUGCUGCAGGUACGACUCCUUCGAGUGCUUACCCAGAUGGGCUAGCGAGACCUUGACAGAGUCGCAGGCGAACCCUAGGCCGAAGCUUUACACCCUGGAGCAGCUUGAGAGAGGAGAGACAGCGGAUUUGUAUUGGAACUUGGCACAGUGGGAGAUGGUUGCCACUGGACACAUGCACAACUACAUGCGCAUGUACUGGUGCAAGCAGCUCAUCACCUGGACGGAGAGCCCUGCCUCUGCAUACAACUGGGCGGUUCAUCUCAAUGACAAGUUCUCCUUGGACGGUCGCGAUGAGAAUGGCUACAUGGGAAUUGCCUGGUGCUUCGGAAUGCACGACAAGCCUUUUCCCCGGCGGGACAUUUUUGGAUCUGUGCGGUCCAUGACACGAUCUGGCCUGGAGGGUAAGUUUAAGAUGGCGCAGUACCGCCUGCUGGUUCAGCGGAAGUGCUUGCAAGCAGCGAGAGCUGAGCCCCGCCUUCGAGCUAUUCUGCCGGCUGAGGCAAUUGAAGGCGGCAAGCGCGGUGGCUCUUUGCUGGCCUUCCUGGCUGCGCCUGGUGCAGCACAGGCGCCAGAUCAGUCGAAGACCCUCUCGGCAGAGGGCGAGGGCGAGGUGCCCGAGGGCCAGCGCACCCAGAAGCGACAGAGGUCCUCGGAGCCCGCUGGAGCCAAUGCGAAGACGCUCCAUCGGUUUUUCCCCACGCGC